CAUCAUUCCCUUCCAUCAAUUCAUUUGCAAACAAAUUAAAAUCUCUUUUCUUAACAAUGGAGGCAACAAUAACUUCGUUCUCUCGCCGCCCCAACACGCUAAUUCCGGCCAGGCGUUUUUUGGCGACGCCUCCACCUCGUACCACCGGCGAAAAGAAAAUGACGAGGAUUGCGGCGGCGGCGAGAAGGGGGGAUAAUAACCAUCAAGAUCACCGGUGCGGUGGGCGCAACAAGAUCGUGGACGAGAACAUGAUAGUGCUGAGACUGAGGAUUAAGGAGAUGAAGGCGUUGGAGGGCGACGACGGGGAUCGGACGGCGGAGAUGCAUUGGAUGGGAUGGGAAAAGGAGUACGUGAAACAUUACAACGAGGAUGUUUGUGAAUUCGUAGGUUUGUUGCAGAGGUUUUUGAUGGAGAAUAGGCCGGCGUUGGGUUUGGGGUUGAUGGCAGUGGUUCUUGGCAGUGUGUCAUUGUCAACUUUUGUUGCAAUCAUGCAUGCCAUGGAGAUGGCCAAUGGAGUACUGUCUCACCUUAAUUGAAGAGAUACAGUACAAUCUUAUCUGAUAUUAGUUUUAAUUUCUUGAAAUGAAAGUAUGGCCAAGUGAUCAUAACUGUACGUCUCACCUUAAUUUAAUACAAUCUUAUCUUAGUUUUCUUUAAAUGAGAGUAUGGCCAAGUGAUGAUAACUGUCUCACCUUAAGUGAAUAGAAUCUUAUCUUAGUUUCUUUAAA